AUGCGCUGGCAGCCCAAGCACAAUCCUGUACUUCCGGCGACACGCAGCAUGGCAGGCGUUUACACAGCUACUUGGGCUGAUGUGCUGUUCAAGAGCAAGUUUGGAGGCUCUCACCACCUCCCAACGUGCUGCAAUGAGCGCCAUCAAAAACGCCCUGCAUGUGAAGAGUCGCCAAACUAUUGCUCAUUCGCCACCACCCACACCUCCGUGUACAUGAUCUGUAACAAAUAUUUCGCCAUGCGGCUGAGCUGUUACUGUCCCGUACUGACGGCUACGAACCGGAAGAGGCGCCCCCCUUCCAAGGCUGGGGCUGUGAUGCUUUGGGGAAUUGGGGAAUCGAGAUGCGGACUUUCAAGGCUGAAAAGCAGGCCACGCCAACAAGGCGAUUCCAAUUGCUGGCAAGCAGUCAUUCGACAGGCCGCGCAGCCUUGA